AGCUCUACAGGACAUUCCCACUCGCACAGCUCAGCAUCCAGCAGUCUAGGGCGUGGAAAUGCCUCCUCAUCUCACGGGGCCGAGCGUGAUCGCGACACCUACCAAGGCAGCGGUAGCAACAGCGGAAUCUCCACAAAUACAGACUCGCGCCGUGGAAUGGGCAGCGGCGGUGCUGGGCACAAGUUCGGUUUCUCCCGUCACCAUGGGCCACCAUCAGCGAGUAAUUUUGAAGAGGAUGAGCCGUUACUUUUUACCAUGAGCGAUUUUGGAAUUGCACGAGGUAGCCUAGACGGUGGGGCGCGAGCCAGCGUAAGUGGAGCCGAUUCAUCUGGGCCCGGUACUGGGACGAGCGGAUCGAGACGUGGAAGUGGACGGCGGGGAGCCUCUAGCAGCGGCGGGUAUCAUCCUUGGCAAUAA